AUGAAUAGCAUGGGAAAACCUCACUGGGGAGGACCAGUUCGCAAAGGUGAGAAGACCAGCAUCGGUAACGCUGCAGAAGCCAAUGUCGAAGUCAGCAUCCAGCCUGAGUCUGGAAAGAAAGGACAGAGCACAGAUGAGGAAGGCUCUGGGUUGCAGCAGGCAGUGUGGGCAUCGGGGAGAAGAUCAAAGAAGUCAACGGGGCGUAGGGAAGCGUAUUAUGCAUGCCGGCGCAUAAAGCCCAAGAGAGACAACAUGAAAUGCCUCAUCGCACCUUCCAUCCUUGUGAGCAUCUUUCUAGUUCCCUCUCUGGCCCUGAUGAACAUCAGUGACAGCCAUCCUCUGGAUGGCUCUGUGGGGACCCAGACUAUUCAUAUCGAUGCCCUCCGAUGUAUGGUCAGCAUCCAAGACACCAACGUUUUGAGUGAAUGGAAUGGAAUCGUGAACUACAAGAAUGCCCUCCUGGCAGUUAAACUGUUUAGUAAGAUGGCCUGUGUCCUGGCCAAGAUGGACCUAGCAGUCUUCCCAAGUUUGGAUGAUAUUACUCAGGCCCUGGGCCAACAGGCUUCCGGUCACUACCCACCCACCCGAGGACUGACCUACACGGUUUUACACAGUCGAGUCAAAAACUUGGCGCAAUACGGAGUGCCUGUCAAGGACCUGUGCAGAGCGGUCCCCACCUACUUUGCCCAACAGCAAAAAGAAGGUACUGCCCUGGCGAUGGACCCAGACUCCUGUUCUGAACUCCAGUUUAUGUCCUUCAUGGGGCUGUCCAUCUGUGGUGAGAUUCCUGGGCUCUGAACCUCUACAUCAGCCAUGUGAAGAUCAGAUAUGCCUGCUCCAGCCUCUGCCUGUGGAAAGCAGCUCUUUCCAGUCAGUCCUCUGCCUUCUGGCUUUCCAUACAACACAAGCCCUGUAAUCUGGAGUGGG